GAUUCACUACUUUUCGGGUUUCACGGUAGUUGCUGAGAAACAGAAAGAAGAAAAAGACGAGAUUUAAAACAGACCCAACGGAGAUUGAGUGCGAGACUGCCCGCUAAACCGCAGCCAUGUCGCGCGGGUCCAUCGAAAUCCCCUUGCGGGACACCGAUGAGGUGAUUGAGUUGGAUUUUGACCAGCUGCCAGAAGGCGAUGAGGUCAUCAGCAUCCUCAAGCAGGAGCACACACAGCUGCACAUCUGGAUCGCACUGGCGCUGGAGUACUAUAAGCAGGGGAAGACGGAGGACUUUGUGAAGCUGCUGGAGGCUGCGCGUAUCGACGGUAACCUUGACUACCGCGACCACGAGAAGGACCAGAUGACAUGUCUGGACACACUAGCAGCCUUCUACGUCCAGCAGGCGCGGAAAGAGAAGAACAAGGACACCAAGAAGGAGCUGAUCACCCAGGCAACGCUGCUCUACACCAUGGCCGACAAGAUCAUCAUGUACGACCAGAACCACUUGUUGGGCAGAGCGUGCUUCUGUCUUCUGGAGGGGGACAAGAUGGAUCAGGCCGACGCCCAGUUUCACUUCGUACUCAACCAGUCGACCAAUAACAUCCCAGCUCUGCUAGGUAAGGCGUGCAUCUCGUUCAACAAGAAGGACUACAGGGGAGCGUUGGCCUACUACAAGAAAGCACUCAGGACCAACCCUGGAUGCCCUGCGGAGGUGCGUCUGGGUAUGGGCCACUGCUUCGUGAAGCUGAAUAAGCUUGAGAAGGCUCGGCUGGCGUUUGCGCGCGCGCUGGAGUUGAACUCCAAGUGUGUGGGGGCGCUAGUGGGCCUGGCGGUGCUGGAGCUGAAUAACAAGGAAGCCGACUCCAUCAAGAACGGGGUGCAGCUGCUGUCAAGAGCGUACACCAUCGACCCCUCCAACCCCAUGGUGCUCAACCACCUGGCCAACCACUUCUUCUUCAAGAAGGACUACAGUAAGGUUCAGCAUUUGGCUCUCCAUGCGUUCCACAACACUGAGGUGGAGGCCAUGCAGGCGGAGAGUUGCUACCAACUGGCACGCUCCUUUCAUGUGCAGGAGGAUUAUGACCAGGCGUUUCAGUACUACUACCAAGCUACCCAGUUUGCGUCGGCCACCUUCGUGCUUCCCUUCUUCGGCCUCGGCCAGAUGUACGUCUACAGGAGGGACCGAGACAACGCAGCUCAGUGCUUUGAAAAGGUCCUGAAGGCCUAUCCUAAUAACUACGAGACCAUGAAGAUUUUGGGAUCCCUCUACGCCCAGUCAGACAGCCAGGACAAGAGAGACAUCGCCAAGGGUCACCUUAAGAAGGUAACAGAGCAGUAUCCCGAUGACGUGGAGGCCUGGAUAGAACUGGCCCAGAUCCUGGAACAGACGGAUAUACAGGGUGCGCUGUCUGCGUACGGCACUGCUACCCGUAUCCUGCAGGAGAAGGUGCAGGCUGACGUGCCCCCGGAGAUCCUCAACAACCUGGGGGCCCUACACUUCAGACUGGGGAACCUGGGGGAGGCUAAGAAGUACUUCCUGGCGUCUCUGGAGCGUGCGAAGGCGGAGGGCGAGCAUGACGAGCAUUACUACAACGCCAUCUCCGUGACGACCAGCUACAACCUGGCCAGACUCUACGAGGCCACCGCCGAAUACCACGAGGCAGACCGCCUGUACAAGAACAUCCUCCGGGAACACCCCAACUACGUAGACUGCUACCUGCGUCUGGGUGCCAUGGCGAGAGACAAGGGAAACUUCUACGAGGCUUCUGAUUGGUUCAAAGAAGCUCUGCAGAUCAACCAGGAUCAUCCUGACGCCUGGUCCCUGAUCGGUAAUCUCCACUUGGCCAAGCAGGAGUGGGGGCCGGGACAGAAGAAAUUUGAGCGAAUCCUGAAACAGCCGAGUACCCAGAACGACACCUACAGCAUGCUGGCACUCGGCAACGUCUGGUUGCAGACACUACAUCAACCCACACGAGACAGAGAGAAGGAGAAGCGUCAUCAGGACAGGGCGCUGGCCAUCUAUAAGCAGGUGCUGAGGAACGACUCCAAGAACCUUUACGCAGCCAACGGCAUAGGAGCCGUGUUGGCCCAUAAGGGUUACUACCGGGAGGCGCGUGACGUCUUUGCGCAGGUUCGAGAGGCGACGGCCGACAUGAGCGACGUCUGGCUGAAUCUGGCACACAUCUACGUAGAGCAGAAGCAAUACAUCAGCGCUGUGCAGAUGUAUGAAAACUGCCUGAAGAAGUUCUAUAAGCACCAGAGUACUGAAGUGAUCCUGUAUCUGGCCAGAGCCUACUUCAAAUGUGGCAAACUGCAGGAGUGUAAACAGACCCUACUCAAGGCGCGUCACGUGGCCCCCAGUGACACAGUGUUGAUGUUCAACGUGGCGCUGGUGCUGCAGAGAUUAGCGACGCUCGUGCUGAAGGACGAGAAGAGCAACCUCAAGGCUGUGCUGUCAGCUGUCAAAGAACUAGAGCUCGCACACAGGUAUUUCAGCUA